UCUCGUAUCUUCUUCCAUCAUUUUCCAAUUUGCACACUCUGAUCAAUGUUCUCAACUCUCGCACUAACUGCUUCUUUUUUCUCUAGCCAAGUCUUUUCUCAUACUCCGUCAAAUAUUAUUCCUCCAUAUUACUACAUAACUCUUGCAUUUCGAUUACUCAACCCCUUGAGAUUUUGGCUAAUUAGUAAUUAGAGAUAUGCUAAAAAAGAUGUUAUUCGCUUCCGUGUGAAUACGUGAUCAAUUUGGGGAAUUCCAUUAGAAUAUCAUUCGUCUAAAGGGCACAAGAGGAUUGCUAGCACCUUGGGGCCUCCACUUUGGAUGGACCAAUCUACUAGGUUGGAGUCAGUUAGGGUUCGCAAAAGUCUGUUUAGAUCUUGUAGCUGAUUGCGGGUUUCCUUCUCGUGUGAGACUCUACCCGGUGGAGGUUGAGUAUUUAAAUAAGCCUAUUGUUUGUGAUGUGAGGUAUAUGGCCACGAUUGUGACUGAUUGGCAAGAAAGGGGGAAGAAAUGAGUGCCCAAAAAGAAGGUUUGAAACUCCCCUGUGGAAGCUACUAAUGAAGUGAGCUUAGAGUUGCAAGGUAACUCAAGUAAGGAGACUAUUCAACAAAUUGGGAAGCGGAUUUCUGUUCACUCGCACACAUCUGACCCUAGCUUUUUAGGGACCAAUGAGGAUAAGUCGAGUUCAUUAGAUUCUGAUCCAGCUCCUGCAUCAAUUAGGAACUUAGUAAACUUCUGGCCCUCUGGACCCAAGAAAGUGCGUAGCUUCUACAGAUGCUCUCUCUAAAAACUUUUUCCUCUAAACUCUCUCUAGAUUUCAAAUGUUUGGGUUGUCGUCGGUGGUUCUUGAGCGCUGGCGGUAGCCCCACCUUUUUUUCUUGCUUUCUUUCCUUAUUGCACUUUCCCUUUCAGUGUCAUAUCUGAUUUCCUUCUUAUGCCUGUUCACACCUCUUCUGAUGGAUGCUUAUGCUUCCUCCUCGUGUCAGAUCUUCAUAUCUGUUCAUUUGAGAUGUGUAUGCUUCCUCGUGUCAGAUCUUUAGAUCUGUUCAGUUUAGAUGUUUUGUUGGUGACAGAGGAGGUUGGGAUUCUCUUAACCUGUCUUCUCCUUCAUGUUUAUGUUCCUCCUUCUUGCUUCACCUCUUUGAUUAGGUGUUUCGGAGAAGACUUGGGAGUCCUAUUUGUAACAUUCACGUGGUUGCAGUUUCAUGAAGCUCGAAGACGAGGUUCGUUCCACCUGGGCUACUGAUCAAUCAUCCGGUUCAUCCGGUGCAUGUGCUUUGGUUGUUGAGGUGGCGGCUCCCUGGGUUUCGUCAAAUCUCUGUGUGUUUCGGUGGUUUUGGAUCAUGUCGUCUGCUUUCCCCUUUCUUUGGAUGUCUUGCUUGAUGCGCUUCGCGUCGUCGGUGGCUUCCGAAGGUUCAUUUCGUCGCCGGCGGUUUUCAAGGUCUGCUUUUGGAGGUUGCUGCUCUCAUGUGUGGAGGAAAAAUUAGUUUGCUAGGGUUUCUUCAGUCAAGCAUGUUUGUCUUGUGGGUUUUGCUCUACGUUGUGUGGUUUCGUCAAAUCUUUGUGAGUUUUGGUGGUUUCGGAUAAUGUCGUCUGCCUUCCCCUUUCUUCGGACGUCUUGCUUGAUGCGUUUAGCGUCGUCGGUGGCUUCUGAGGGUUCAUUUCGUCGCCAGCGGUUUUCAGGGUCUGCUUCUGGCGGUUGCUGCUCUCAUGUGUGGAGGAAAGAUUAGUUUGCUAGGGUUUCUUCAGUCAAGCCCGUUUGUCUUGUGGGUUUUGCUCUACAUUGUGUGGUUUCAGGCCCGUUGUGUUUUGGGCUUAGCUUUUCAAUGAUGUGGUUUGACUUGGCCCUUUUCCAAGUGGUUUGUUUCCUUCCAUGGGGUGUUUGGCCCAAAAUCUGUACACCUCUUUGGGUUCAUUUAAUGAAUUUCCAAGUUUCAAAAAUAAAAUUAGGAACUUAGUAGUGACUUUUGUGGAUGUGGUAAAUGGAUCAACAAAUAUUGUUGGGAGUCCUAAACCAUCUCUACAACAGUCUGCUAGUACUGACUCACCAAGAGAUUCUAGGAGGUUAGUUCUAGAGGCAACUCAUGUUGGGAAGGAAAAGAAUCUAUGGAUAACAGUCCAAAACUCUAGGAAGAAGGCUCAAAUUCCUUAUGUUUCCCCUACUAAGAAAGGGGGAGAGCAAAUAGGAAUAGAUGAAAUUACUAGUUUGGAAUACUAGGGGGUAUAAGGAUAGUGAAAAAAAAUAAAGUUGUACAACAAAUAGUUAGUAGAAAGAAUAUUGAUAUAGUAGCUAUACUAGACCCAAGAAUAAGAGAAAAAGAGACUGAUGAUCUUAUUGCUAAAAGAUUUUCUGCUUGGGAGAGUGCAGUGGCAAAAAACUAAUAGGUUUGGGUAAAUUUUGGCUCUUGUGGGAGAAAGAUGUCAGCCUACGGGUUAUAGAUCAAUCUGAUCAAUUUAUACAUAUCCUGGUGAGUUCUGGGACUCCUUUCGUUGCGUCCUUUGUCCAUUCUUCAAAUGAGGAAGUUGAAAAAGAAUUCUUUAUAGUGAUUUGCUAAGAAAUAAGGUGAAUCAAUUGCCUUGGACAAUACUUGGAGAUUUCAAUGCUAUUACAGAUCCAAAUGAGGCAUCAAACCACUCUGAUUAUAAUGGAAGUAUGGAAGAUUUCAAGGGUUGGAAGCAUCAGUAGGAAUUGGUUGAGCACAAAACUUCUGGUCCAUGGUUUAUUUGGACAAAUACGCAAUCAAGUAAUCGUAUUGCUAGGCGGCUUGAUAGAAAAUUUGUAAACCUAGUAUGGCUAGACUCUCUUUCUAAUAGUGUAGUGGAGUUAAUGGAUCGAUCUCAGAUCAUUGUCCUAUUCAUUUAGAUAUUGAUAGCUCUAUUAAUUCACUCCCUAAACCGUUUAAGUUCUACAAUUAUGGAUAUCGCAUCCAAAGUUCUUUGAUAUGGUAAAGGAAGUAUGAGAGUCAGAGGGUGAAAGCCUUCGACUCUGUCUACUUGAACUAUUUAUUCACAAUACUUGAAGCUAUGAGAUUCCCAAGUCAGUUCCUUAGAUGGAUCUCAAUGUGUGUUACUUCCUCUAAGUUGAGUGUAAGAUUCAAUGGAGGAGUUGUGGGCUAUUUCUCUGCACAAAAGGUCUUCGACGGGGAGAUCUAUUAUAUCCCUAUCUGUUUGCACUAACAAUGGAAGUCUUAAAUUGCCUAAUGGGUGUUGAUGUGGCAGAAAACAAGAUGCCUUUCCAUCCAAUGUGUAAAAAAUUGGGUUGACUCACAUUUGUUUGCAGAUGACCUUCUAUUAUUCUCUGAUAGUUCUAAUUUUGGUAUCUAGUGCAUCCAAGUGUCCUAAAGCAGUGCAAGAUUCUUUCCGCGCUUAUUUCUAACUCUUCCAAGUGUGAAUUGUAUUUGUGGUGGAUUGCCCCCUGAUCAUCAAAAUGGAUGAGAGCGCAGGCUGCAGACUUGGCACUCUCCUAGUGAGAUAUCUGGGAGUCCAAUUAAUACCUAGUAAGCUCACAGUUAAGGUAUGUCCGCCUUUAAUUGAUAAAAUCAUGCACAAGAUUCAAUAAAAGCUGGGGGGGGGGUCUAAACUACAGAGCUAUGCUGGGAAACUACAAUUAGUAAGUUCUGUUCUUCUAAGUUUGGUUCAGUUUUGGAUGGUUGUGUUUAUCAUACCUAAGAAAGUGAUCAAGGAGAUUGAGAAACUUUGUAGUGAUUUCUUGUGGGGAGUUAAUACAGAGGGGAAAAGUAAAGCCUUAGUGGGUUGGAGCAUAGUAUGUCUCCGCAAAACAAAAGGAGGGUUGAGUGUCAGAGACCUUUAUAGCUGGAACAAAUCUUGUGUGGUCAGGCAUAUAUAGGAUUUAAUGCCUAAACAUAGUUCGUUGUGGGUAGCCUGGAUGCAAGAAUACAGAUUGCACAAAGCUGAUCUAUGGUUACUGGAGUGCAAAACAUGGUCUUGGAUUUGGCAGGAGAUCCUAUAAAUGAGGAGCAAAAUCCAUGGAAUUCUUGAAGUGAAGGACAAUGUAGGCUACUGGAAAGGAAAAGCUCAACGUAAAUUCUCUCUAAAGAUGUCUUCUUGGGAGGAAUUCAGGCUUAAGAUUGCUUGGUUCAAAUUGUUAUGCAAGGGUCCUGCAGUUCACAACAAUCAAUUUCCCAGUUGGCAAAUUAUUGAAGGGAUCAUUAUCACUUGUGACAAACUGUUAACAUGGGGAUAUCAAGGAGUUUUGAACGGUGUCUACUGCAAUUGUGCAAUUGAAACUCUAAACCACUUAUUCUCUGAAUGCAAUAGAUAUAAGGAGUUAUUUUUGGGUUUCUUCUCCAAGUUUACUAGCAGCUCUUAGAGGGUUGUUUGUUUUGACUCUUUCCUGGCUCCUAGGCAUAUGAGAUAAGGGAGUUAAUCGCUUUUGUUUUUAUCCCUUACUGGCAAGGGGUGUUGUCACAAAAUAACCUUCAAGUUUUUUUUAUGAAAUAGAAGAGCAUCCAUUCAUGAUAAAAAUAUAUGUGAUCAAUAUAUUGAACUAGUAGGUGUAAAUUAAUUAUGGAUACUUAAUUUGAUUGUUCCGUAUAUUUUUGUUCUUGGUGUAAUGAUCUUAGAGCAUUUAAAUUUGUUGUUUGGUGGAGAGUUAAAAAAACACAAGAGAGAAAGUUGUGAUUGAUUUUAUUAGUGGUACUAAUUUUAUACUACAAGUUCAUGGUCGUUUGACAUAUGAGCAACUAUAUGAGGUCAUCAUCACCAGUUUACGACAAUAAGGGAUAGAAGACAUAGCAACGAAAUGAUAAAUUUUAUGGCGUGAAAAGGAGGAAGAUAAAUCAAGUAUAUAAUAACAUAUUUUAUGGCGUGAAAUCCAAAUAUCGAGUUUGCUUAGAUAUGUAUCGACUUCGCUAGUUCACUAGGAAAGGAGGAAGAUUAAUCAAGUAUGAGCUUGGGUAGUGCCUCCAGUGAGCCAGAUGAGCAUAUAGAUGAGGGCAAUGAGGAUGAAACUGAUGGCAAUGAAGAUCAACAUUAAGUUGUGAUCGAAGAAGCUGAUACAUCAGACUUAGAGCCAUAUGUUAUCACAAUACUCAAUACAUUAUUUUAUGCUCCUCGAAGAUUAUUACAACGAGAUGAGAAUUGACUAUUAUGGAGGUAUAAAUGAUGAAAUUGGAAGUCAUCCAAAACCAUAUUUCUAUAUUGAUAAGAUAUUUUGUUCCAAAUAAGUUGUAGAAAGGACCAUGAAGCUUUACGGAUGGGACGUAACUUCAAAUUUAUGCUCUUCAAACAUGCUUUAAUGUCACCAAAUAUGGCUAUGAGCAUAAAUGGGAUUUCCAAAGGAAUUCGAGCGCUGCAUAUGGCUUCCACUAUACAACACAUCUUUUGACGACUAAUGAAUAAGUUUGAUGACCAAAGAUUGGAGAUUGACGCAUAAAUUAGAGCAGGCAAGUUGUACUCCAAGAAAUGUGAAGAGAUGUUGAAGACUAAUUAUUCAAUGUAAAAUAAAACCAUAGACUAGUCAUAGUAAAACUGUAAUACGUUAAUUAACUACUACAGCCUAGGCUAUAAUCAUAUCUCAGAUAUUUAUUCUGAUUUCUGAGGACUUGUUUGAAUGUUUUUUUUUUUUUUUUUGAAAUCCAGGGCUGAGAAUGAGAACUUAGGGGUCGUUUGCUUCAUGGAUUUAAAAAUGAGGGUUUUGUAAUUUAAAAACCCAAGGAUUUAUCAAGGAUUUGAGGCAUCAUGGAUUUGUAUCAAUCCUUUGUUUGUUAGGAUGUUUUUAUCAUGGAUUUAAAGGUGUGAGAUUUACUACUUGAAUUCAAAAAUUACAUUACUGCCCUUUUCUAUACGUUUGACAUGUUUAUAAUAUGUACACAAAACAAGGACACAACUUCAAAAUUAUCUUACUAUCAUUUUCUAUAUGUUUGACAUGUUUAUGAUAUGUACACAAAACAAGGACAAUACAUACUAAUAAGCAUAAUGUUGCCACAUGGACAAUAAUAAUAAAUGAGAAAAUUCCGUUUUAACUUUUAACGUAACGUAAUCAAUUACCAAUUCUUUG